CUAUUAACUCUCUUCUUUUUAUCAAUUAGUGAUGUUGCAAAAAAAUAAGUAAUUUUUUCAUUAAAAAAGUAAAACAAAACUGCAAUUAAUUGCGCUUGCGCGUAGUCCUGCGUGUCAAAGUACGUACGAGGUUUUGAACUGUCACUUGUUUGAAGUGGAAAUGAGGGAAAACAAAAUAAACAAGUUAUGUUAAGUAUGUAUGUUGUUGGAGUACAUUUCGAUGUUGGCUGAUCAUGGACAACAUUUGUUUGUUUAAUAUUUUGUUUAUAAUAUCUUCACAUUUGUUUAAAAAGAUAUUUUAUAAACGAUUUAAAGCAUACCAUUGCUAUUAGAAUUAAAUUCCCUUAGGCUUAGUAAAUUUCUCAGUAAUUAUUUUAUUUCAACCGUCGCCAUAAUGUGACCAUCAAUACUAUUUGUGUUUUGUUAUGUAAAUUCAUAUCAAUAUUGUAAUCAUGAAUUCGUACAUUAAGUGAUCAUGCUCAGGACGUGUACACAACGACCGGUCACUCCCAACAAAUUGAAUGUUGAUGGCAUUGGACACUGGAGCUCUGCUGUUUACGAAAGUUACCUUACAUCUAGCAACGAUGGCUCUCUGGACUUUACGAUAGAAGGUGGUUCGGACAAUGGUGAAUUUCCAUUUUUUGGCUAUGUCCCACCUGCAAAUCGAUCUUACUCAACGGGAGAUGUACUGUUGGAAAUUGAAGGACAGAAAGUAGCAGGUUACACCCAGAGGGAUGUCAUUACUUUUCUUAAUCACUGUGUCAGGAACGGGAAUUCUGUGAAAAUCAAAGCUGUCAAAUCUGGUUGUUUGACUAGAGACUUGCGUAAUUUUCUGAACACCCGAUUUCAAAAAGGCUCGGUCGAUCAUGAUCUACAGAAUACCAUUAGAGAUAAUUUAUAUCAACGCACUGUUCCUUGUACCACUCGUACUCCUCGGGUAGGAGAAAUAAGUGGUGUGGACUAUACAUUUUUAACUGUGGAUGAGUUUAUAGCCUUGGAAAGAAGUGGAAGCUUGCUAGAAAGUGGCUUAUAUGAAGGCAAUCAUUAUGGUACCCCAAUGCCUCCCAAGGAUAAUUAUUACUCUCCUAUGAGAAGAAAUAAUUCAAUUGGGCAAUCAAAUAAUUUAAUUUUUCCCGGUGCCCAUGCUUCUUCUGAGGGGAAGCGACGGCGUAACCGUUCGAAUGUUGAAGCAAUGGCUUCAAAAACUUCUGAUGCUUCUGAAUUUCCUGUGCCUCCCAUGUCAAACAAUACUCCGUCUUCCACUCCAGUAUCUGGAUUUUCAUAUCUAGGCUAUCAAAAUUGUAACUCUACAGCAACCAUUGAUAGUGUACAAUGUGGAAAUUCUUCAUGUGAUUUGGGUCCUUUACCUGAUAAUUGGGAAAGAGCAUUUACUAGCAAUGGAGAACCUUACUUUAUUGAUCACAACACUGGCACAUCACAAUGGUUAGAUCCUAGAUUAUCUAGAAUACAGAAGAAAACUGUGGAAGAUUGUCGAGAUGAUGAAUUGCCUUUUGGCUGGGAACGAAUUGAUGAUCCUCAUUAUGGUACAUAUUACAUUGACCAUGUCAAUCGACGGACGCAAUAUGAAAAUCCUGUCAUUCAAGCAAGAAAAGUGAAUGAUAAUGUUUCAGCUGCUGAUAUAAGUCACUCGUCCUCAUCAUGGCACCGGCAUUCUGACCAAACUAACAAUAUCAACCAUAACCCCAGCAUUUUUGCUGACCCUAGAACCGGGCAAUGGACUUCAAGAAAUAGCUCACUAACUCAUACCUCCAACUGCAGCAACUCUAACGACCCAAACCCACUAGCAAGCACUAACAACAGUGAGUCUUUCCUAAUUGUCUCCUCCUCUGAUGGUUCUUCCUCUAAACCUCCACCUCCCUCUAUAUCUUCUCCUUCUAAUAAUAUAUCUUCUUCCCCUGCCUCCACCCAUCGCUUUCCCUAUCUGCACUGUAUUCCCUGUCUUAAUGAAAAGCAUGAACCUUCUAAACAUUUGGCAGAUGGAAAGGUGGCGGAUGGCAGUGUUGUUAUUGGUAAUGGUACAGUUACCACUAAUGCUUCUGCUAGCGAGAGUAGCAGCCGAUUGUGUGAUAUGCAGAAAAAUCCUUCAUCAGCGUCCAUGGAGAGAAGUACGACUUCGAGUGGACGCCAUUGUUUCUUCCAGGGAUCAGAUGCUAAUGAGUUAUCUCAUCAACUUUCCAAUUUAUCAACUAAUUCAACUCCAAAAGCUGGUCACUUCUUUACUCGAAAUCCAGAAGAACUCAGAGGAGCUUUUAUCUCUACUUCACUAGUUAAGAGUGCAAGAGGAUUAGGAUUUACGAUAGUUGGAGGUGGUGAAGGCUCUGCUGCUGAGCAAUUUUUGCAGAUAAAAGAUGUUGUACCUAAUGGUCCAGCUUGGUGUAAUGGCAAAUUGAACACAGGUGAUGUGCUUGUUCGAGUGAAUGGGGAAUGUGUUUUGGGGUACACUCACCAAAACAUUAUUGCACUGUUCCAGACUAUACCUGCUGGGGAGGUUGUGCAAUUAGAAGUCUGUCGAGGUUAUCCAUUACCCUUUGACCCAAGUGAUCCCAAUACAGAAAUUGUCACCACAGUUGCAGUUUCUGUUGCUAACAAUAACUUGCCUAAUUGCCAUAGUAACACAUAUUCCUUUAGAUCAGAUAAUUGUCAUCCAUCUAGCAGAUUGUCUGAUAAUAGUGCCAAACCCUCUGAUUCCAUGACAAGAGCUGUAAAGUCCAUGCCAGAUUUAAGCUUUAAACUGCCAGAUAACUGCCAUCCUUCCAGGCAUAAUAGUGCUGGAUUGCUGAAUCCUUUUUCAGAAGAAUUGCCAAAUCAUACACCAACUAAUGUUCAUACAAAUUUCGUAAUGCCAGAAUUCUUAACUAUUGAAAUAGUUAAAGGAGCUGCUGGUUUUGGUUUUACUAUUGCUGAUAGCUCAUAUGGUCAAAAGGUGAAGAAAAUUCUGGAUAGGCCUCGAUGUAAACAGCUACAAGAGAAUGAUCUUUUAUGUGCAAUAAAUGGUCGAGAUGUAAGAGUACUACCUCAUGCAGAUGUUGUCCAAAUUUUAAAAGAAUGUCCCGGAAACGAAUCUGCAGAAAUCAUUGUGCAAAGAGGAGGAUUUGUUUCUUCUUCAAGGAGUAAAGGAAGAACUAAACCACGUGCCAAUGAAGAACCCAAUAUGUUUAACCCCGGUGCUAUGAUUCAUUCACAGUCAUUUAGUAAUUCAUAUUCUCGUCUGAGUGGUAAGUCAAAUGGUUCAGCAUAUCGGAGUAAGACACCUACGGCUGAAUUAUAUAGUUCCAGAGACAAAGAACCAGUAACCAUUGCCCGACCCAAAACUCCGUUGGUCGAUACAAGAAAUUGGCUCAUGACUUCACCAGACCUCAAAAAUAAUGGGAACAAACUUUUUCAAGGAACAGAAUCUCUUUCAAAUUCAUUUUACAACCAUCGAUCAAGCGAUUAUAACCAACCGAAUCGAGACUUACUGGAAUGUAGUCCCGAAAGGCACGGUAACCCAUCUUGGUAUUCCGAUCAAGGAAGAGGAAGAGAUUGGCACAACCAUAACCUAAGGGACUCGAAUCAGUCUCGAGAAAACGAUGACAGCUUUUCAAAAACUUUCCUGUCCAAUUCAUUGCCAGAAACUGCUCACCAAUCUUCCACCUUUCCACUGCGCAAUCCCCAAGAAAAUUCAACAACAUAUCCUUUACUUGAUAACCAUAGACUCUUCAGUCAUCAAGAUCCGUGGAAUAGCAUGCAUAAGCACGAAUCCUCUGUAAAUAGUUCUGCAUUCCUGCCUUUGGUGUCUAAUAACAGCUCUGUGGGCCAUCUGAAAAAUUCAUUGUAUUCUUUGAAUGAAGAAAGGUACACAAAUAACGAUCUGAUGUAUAGCCCGCCAUUUUAUUCAUCGACUAUGCCUACAUAUCAUAUACAAAAUACUAGUGACAAUUUAGGAACUUCCAGCAAGGACAAUUCUCAUAGUAGUGAUUUGCGAAGCCUUAAUAAUUCCCUUAAUCAUUAUUUACCGCCAGUGCCUUUAAAUUCAUCUAGAUCAGACUCAAUUCAUCGUAAACAUAGUACAUCUUUCGAGCACGAGCAGCCAAUACCGUACAAUAGUAAUGACUUUAGAAAUGCAUAUCAAAGCUCCCUUUAUAAAAUUGAUGAAUGCAAGAGUGGAAGUGUAAGCUAUAUAGAUAUGAUUGUUACGCUUUAUAGACAAGAAAGUGGGUUUGGUUUUCGCAUAAUCGGAGGAACAGAAGAGGGUUCACAAGUUGCUGUCGGUCACAUUGUACCAGGAGGUGCAGCAGAUUUAGAUGGAACUCUAAAAUCUGGGGAUGAAAUAGUAGCUGUGGAUGGACAGUGUGUGCUUAACACUCCUCAUCACCAUGUUGUUCAAUUAAUGAAUUCUUCAGCAGAAAAUGAUCAUGUCUCGCUCAAUAUUCGUCGCCGUGUUUAUUUAUCAGAUAAUUCAAUAAAUUCAAAGCCUGUUGAUGGAUCAUCCUAUGAUGUAACUGUGGCUAGGAAUGCAAGUGAAGGUUUUGGGUUUGUCAUCAUAUCAUCCUUAAGCAAGUCAGGCUCAACAAUUGGGAGGAUAAUUGAAGGUAGUCCUGCUGAGAGAUGUGGUCAGUUGCAUGUUGGAGACACAAUUUUAGCUGUGAAUGGCAUCAGUAUUAUAAAUAUGCCUCAUGGGGACAUUGUUAACUUAAUUAAAGAUUGUGGUUAUUCUGUGACUUUAACAAUAGAUGAAGAAUCCAGCAUAGCAUCAUGGUCUCAAAAGGAAGAAGAAAAUUCAAUCGAUCAAGAAGAAUUUUAUCAAACUGUUAAUUUGAAUCGUGGUACUAAAGGUUUUGGAUUUAGUAUCCGGGGUGGUAAAGAAUUUCAAAAUAUGCCAUUGUUUGUUUUGAGGAUAGCAGAUAAUGGCCCAGCUCAGAUGGAUGGCAAAUUAAUGGUUGGUGACCAGAUUAUUGAAAUAAAUGAUAUUAGUACUAAAAACAUGACACAUGCUGAAGCAAUUGAAUUAAUUAGAAAAGGAGGAAGUACAGUUAAACUUCUAACUAAAAGAAGUAUUUUACCUCGUGGACCAUUAGAUUAAUUUACAGUGCUUGCCUCAUAGUUUGUGGUGAAAAUUAUUGUGAUAAUUUGACAUAUUUUUGAACUUAAAUUUGCAGUCAUUCCAUUUUAACUGUUUUCUUUAUUGAAAUGUUAGAACGUCCUGAAGUAGAGACUAUUUUUGUAAUUUUAAAAAUAUAUACAAUAUUAAGCAUGCAUAUUUUUAUGUAUUGUUGUAGGAAUAAUGCUACUAAUAGUUAGUGUUCAAUGGCUAUUGUAACCAUUAUUAAAUUAACCAAGGAAUCUUUCAUAUUUAAACACAGUUUUUUGUCACAGUGUUUUGUUAAAAAAAUCAUCUCAUUCUUUUAAAUUAAAUUAUUAUGUAAAUGUAAUUAACUUUUUAAUUUAUUCUUAUUAACUUCAAUUUUUAUGUUAUUUCCUUAUUUAUUAUCAUUUUAUUUAUUUUAUAGUUUUGUCUAAGCUCAACCAGUGUGACAUUUUACAUUCCGCUGUUUACUGUGUUUAUUCUUUUAUUGAUUUUGUUAUGAGUAUUAUGAGAAUUUUUAAAUUGAUAAUAUUGCAUUUCUUUUUUAUACAUAUUUAUAUAGUUUCAGAGCUAAUAAUAAUUAGUAAAUUCGACUGAAAUUGCUCUAAAAUAAUUGCCAAUGUUAAAAAUGGAAAAAGUGAAAUAGUUGCCAAUGUUAAAAUUAAAAUCAAACUAAAAAAUAUUUAAUAAUACUUUAAUUUGGGAUGAACAACUUUUACUUAGAGAUGGCUAUAAGGGAGAAAAAUUAAUAUUUUGAAAGCAUAAAUAUAUAUAUUUAAUCAAUUGAUAUAAUAUAAAUAUCUCCUAAUGUAAUUAAAAUAAUAAGUUUUUCUUAAAAGGUUGGAUACAACAUGCAGCAUUAUGUACACAAAGUGUUGAACUGAAAUUUUGAACAUUUUUUUCCCCUUUAAUAAAAUUAGAAUGAGUUUUAAACUUUUAUUACCCAAAUGUGAGCAACUCAACUUGUGUCUUGAAUAAACAUUUUCAAACUUAGAAAUAAAUUAGAACAAUAAUAUUGCAUUUAAGUUAUUAUAACUUUCAAAAGAUUCAAAAAUAAAACUAUAAUUUACAUAUGCUAAUUUUAAUCAAGUCCUUUUGUAACACUUGUAAUGCAUUACCAUCAAUAAACUAUAAUAUUUUAGCGAAAUUUACGGUAAGAGUAAUGACAAUUCAUGAUCAGAAAAUCAUAAUUAAUUUAAUGAAUCUUAAAAUUGGUAUAUUUUGUAAUAUAGCAUCUGUGAAUUUAUAUUCCCAGUAAUACUUUACAUAUUGCUGGGAAUUAGAUUUUUCAAUAGUUAAUAAUGUUCAGUCAUUCAUUUUUGAAAUUGUUUCACACAGGUAAAAAGAAGCGAUGUCAUGUAAUUAGUAAUUUGUAGUUUAUAUCACUGAGGUGUAUCAAUGGGGUUUUUUGUCUUUCUAUUAUUUCAAUUUAUACUUUGUCCCUCCUCCCAUUACUGUUAUUAUCAUUGUUUUGUUUUCUAAAAACAAGUCUUUUAUUUGGAUGGCAUUUUAAUUCACAUUUAUUUAUGCAUUUUUUUAUGACCAAUUUAAAAACAUGGUUCUGUUUUUCAUUGUUCGAAUUAAUUUCAAUUUGAAUGCUCUUUUAGAAAGAAAAGUUGCAAGUAUUGUCUAUCUUUGCAAAUUAUAACUAAAUUUAUUCAUUUUUUUUUAAAAAAAUUUAAAUUCCAAUUUUUUAUCAUUCUAUCAUUAGUCUGUAAUAUCUUUUAAAUUGAAAAAUGUUUUUAAUCUUAUGUUGCUGACAAAGGCAGUCAAAUUACUUGACCUGACAAUAAAAAAUUUCAGGGCUAAACAUCUAAAUGACAUUCCAUUUUUUUCAUCAUUUUUAUCCAAUUUAUCACUGAAGUUUUCUACUAAUUUCUUUUUCUUUUAAAAUCGGGAAAUAAACCCAUAAAUUUAAUAAUUAUAUUCCGAAUAACAACUGUUAAAUUUAAAUUUUUCUAUGAGAAGUACAGUUAUCAAUCGAUAAAAACAAUUUGUACAGUAUUUCCUUUAAAAAAAAAAAAUUUCCACUAUUUUCAUUGGAUUAUAACGAAGUGAGAAAGACUUUAACUAUAUGUAAACAGUCAAACCUCAAUAUUACAUACUUAAAGGGAGCAGUAUUGUACUUUUAUUUACGUCACACUGGAGCUGCUCAAUGGGCUAUUGGCGAUAAUCUGGGAAACAUCUCUAAGGAUUAUCCAGAGACAACAUACAUACGUCACAUCCCGUUUUACAGGGAGAACACAUUCACACAAGCCAGGCUAUUUUGGCCUCAAAAACUUCAAAAGAGACACUAAAAAUUUCGUACUAUCAGAAAUUUAUGUAUUAAUCAAUUAUUUUUUUACAACUCAUUCUAAAUAAUAACACUGUACUGUCAUUUUUGAUGUUGUAUAACAAUUUUUUUGUGAUAUCGAGGUUUGAUUGUAUAUAUUUAUAGAAUAUCUAUCUAUAUGCUAUAAAAUGCAUAAGCUUAAAGCAUUGAGCUUAAAUUAAUAAAAACUAAUCUAUUAAUUUAAUAAUAAUUUUGAUUUUUUUUAUUUCUAGCUAUAAUAAGUACUUAAUAUUUAUUAUUUUCAUGGUUGUAAAUAAUAUACAAUUCAUAUUUUAAUAGUAUUAUUGCAUAUUGCUCAUAUCUAAUUUUAUAUACCAUUUCAUUGGGAAUUUGUGUGAUGGCCGUUGCCAAAGCAGUUGGUUAAAAUACAAUUGUCUUGCUUUUUUUUUGUUGUAUAUUAUUUAAAAUUGUUGAGUUAUUUUAUUAUUGUAUUCAUGAAUCUCUAUUUAUACAUUUACAUAUUUGUUACAAAAUUUAUAUUGAAAACCACCACUUUUAUAUGUAUACAUUUAUAUUUGGCUCUAUUGUUUUAAUGUAGCUGAGCCUUAUAAGAAUGUUUGUAAGUGUUUAAAAUCAUAGUUAUAUAUUUUUAAUUGUUAUAUGGAAUUUCUAUAGGAUUUGGUGUUGUUUGUAUAGUUAAAUAGCGAUAGUUUUUAUCCAUUUCACUUGUCAUAUUUUGUAAUUAAUGUUUUUAAAGAUGAACAUUGAGUCACAUU